AUGGUGCUGGGCAAGAAAUCCAUCCGCAUCAAUGGUGCCGACUGCGGUGUGGAGGCACUCAUACUUGGGGUCGUCACCUCCAUAGGUGGCUUCCUCUUUGGCUAUGACACGGGCCAGAUCUCGGGGAUGCUGCUCUUCCGAGACUUCAAGAACCGGUUCGGCCAGGUGGAUACCCCUGACGGCAGAGAGUUCGAGGCCAUCACGCAGUCAUUGAUCGUGUCCCUGAUGAGCAUCGGGACACUCAUCGGAGCACUCACGGCGUCAUACACUGCCGACUGGUGGGGGCGCAGAAAGAGUCUCAGCUUCGGCGUCAUCAUGUUCAUCGCCGGAUGCGUUAUUCAGAUCACGGCCAUGGAUUCGUGGGUGCACCUCAUGAUGGGCCGCUUCACGGCUGGCCUGGGCAUCGGCAACCUGUCGGUCGGCGUGCCCAUGUUCCAGUCCGAGUCCUCGCCGCGCGAGAUCCGCGGCGCCGUCGUGGCCUCCUAUCAGCUGCUCAUCACCUUCGGCAUCCUAGUGUCGAACUGUGUCAACUACGGCCUGCGCGAGAUCCAAGACUCGUCCGCCUCGUGGCGCAUCGUCAUCGGCCUGGGCAUCGUCUUCUCGAUUCCGCUCGGCCUGGGCGUCCUCAUGGUCCCCGAAUCGCCGCGAUGGCUCGCCUCGCGCUCCCGAUGGGACGACGCGCGCACGUCGAUGGCCCGGCUGCGCGGCAUGAAGAACGAUCGGCACCACGAGCUCGUCGAGGACGACAUGCGCGAGAUGCGCGAGAUCCUCGAGAAGGAGCGCUCCGUGGGCGUCGGCAACUGGACCGAGUGCUUCAUCCCGCGCCGCAACGGCGUGCCCAAGCAGGUCUACCGCACCAUCCUCGGCAUUUCGAUCCACUUCCUGCAGCAGUGGACAGGCGUCAACUACUUCUUCUACUACGGCGCCACCAUCUUCCAGUCGGCCGGCAUCGACGACCCGAUCCAGACCCAGCUGAUCCUCGGCGCCGUCAACGUAGCCAUGACCUUCUUCGGCCUGUACGUGGUCGAGAGGUUCGGCCGGCGCUGGCCGCUGCUGAUCGGCGCCGUGUGGCAGGCCGCAUGGCUGGCCGUGUUCUCGUCCAUGGGCACCGCCCUGAACCCCGAGGGCAACCGCGUGUCGGGCAUCAUCAUGAUCGUGUCGGCCGCCAUGUUCAUCGCCUCCUUCGCCAUGACCUGGGGCCCCAUCUGCUGGGUCGUCAUCGGCGAGACCUUCCCCUUGCGCACCCGUGCCAAGCAGGCGUCGCUCGCCACGGCGGGCAACUGGCUGGGAAACUUCCUCAUCUCUUUCCUCACCCCGCUCGCCACCGACGGAAUCCACUACAGCUAUGGCUUCGUCUUCGUCGGCACCAACCUCGUAGCCUGCCUGGUCGUCUAUUUCUUCUUGUACGAGUCGGUCUCGCUCUCGCUCGAGAACGUUGACGCCAUGUACGGCCAGCCGCAGCUCAAGGCCUGGACCAGCCACAAGUGGAUGCCCGAGGGCUACGUCACGCGCAUGCAGCGCGACGACAGCUACUUCCACAGGCCGCAACAUGAGCAUGGUGCGGGUGCUGUGGGAGAUCUGGAUGACCGCAGCACGGCGGUGCCGAGCCGCGGGACGGACGCGGAGAAGAAGCGGUCUGACGAUAGCAUUGCGUUUCAGGGGAGAGAGGAGAGGGAAGAGCAUGUGCAUAGGGCUGUGUGA